AUGGCCCAAGACCCUCGUGCCCUCCUGCAAAAAGCCGAUAAAGCCCUUUCCAGCGCAUCGGGUGGCUUUAGCUGGUUCGGUGGACGCUCAGAGAAAUAUGAAAAUGCCGCCGAUCUGUAUACCCAGGCUGCAAAUGCCUUUCGAGUGCAGAAGAUGAAUAAGGAAGCCGGUCAAGCCUUCGAGAAAGCCGCCUCCGUCCAAACUCAAAACCUCAACGAGCCCGAUGACGCCGCCAACAAUCUCCAGGAAGCGUUCAAGGUCUACCGCAAAUCGGACCCGGAGGAUGCAGCCCGCGUGUUGACUAGUGCUAUCAAUCACUAUGUACUACGCGGAAACUUGCGCCGUGCUGCGACGCAGCAGCAGUACCUGGCAGAGCUGUACGAAGUCGAGCUCGGCGAUAUGAAGAAGGCUUUGGAUGCAUAUGAGAAGGCAGCGGAAUGGUUUGAGGGCGACAAUGCCGAGGCUCUUGCGAACAAGCACUUCCUGAAGGUGGCCGACCUGGCUGCCCUCGAAGAGGACUACUACAAGUCUAUCACAAACUAUGAGCGCAUUGCUCGUCAGUCCAUCACUAACAACCUCAUGAAGUGGUCUGUUAAGGACUACUUCUUGAAGGCAGGAAUCUGCCACCUUGCAACAAAGGUAUGUCCAGAGAUCUACGGUAACCAUCCACAGAAAUCUCUAACCCAUCUCCGUGUUCAGGAUUUGGUUGAGACCACACGAGCUCUCGAGACCUACCGCGAGAUUGACCCUGCAUUUGCCUCGACCCGGGAGCACCAACUCCUCGUCGACCUGCUCCAAGCUGUAGAGUCCGGUGAUCAGGAAGGCUUUGCCGAUAAGCUCUUCCAAUUUGACCAGCUCAGCAAGCUGGACAAGUGGAAGACCACUCUUCUUCUGCGGGUUAAGAACAAUAUCGAAGAGGCAGAGGAAGAUUUCUCGUAG